AUGGAUGGGGUCUUGAUCCCGCCGCUGAACUUUUCCAUGGCAGCACCGGGUAUCUACCGCUCGGGUUAUCCGAACUCCAUGAAUCAUGCGUUCAUGAAAAAGCUUCAGCUGAAAACGAUUCUGUACCUCUGCCCUGAGGAUUACAGUGAGGCAAACACCGCCUGGUGUCGCGCGCACAAUGUUCAGAUUGUUCAAUGUGGCAUUCUACCGAACAAAGAGCCCUUUCAAUUCAUACCCGAGGACGUGGUCGCGGAUGCAUUGCGAGUGCUCUUGGACUGUCGCAAUCAUCCGAUAUUGAUGCACUGCAAUUCAGGGAAACAUCGAUCGGGUGUAGUCAUUGGCACGCUGCGGAAAAUGCAGGGUUGGAGCCUCACCUCGAUUUUUGAUGAAUACAGACGAUUUGCUGGCAGCAAAGUUCGCAUCCUGGACCAGCAGUUCAUUGAACUUUUUCGUAUAGAGUCUGUGACCUAUGAUAAAGAAUAUGCGCCGCGCUGGUUGCGUUGA